UGACCAAGUUACCCUUGAAAUCUUCUCUCUCUCUCUCUCUCUCUCGCUCUCGCUCUUGGAACCGUUCGAAUCCAGAGGUGCGGAAAGAUGAGAGACGAGGGGCCGACCCGGUUCCGCGGCGUAUAGCUAGCAACGUUCAUCCCGCGGAACGGAUCCGGCCUUUUAUAGAAGCCUGAGAGCCCGUAACCCGUCACCGGAUUCCCCUCGGUGAGGCCACGUGACCCCGACGCCGAUUCCACGUUUCCGUUCCACAGAUUCCAGAACCUUCCAAGAUUGAUCGAAAAAAAGAGGAUAUCACCGUCGCGAUCGCCAACGAUGAGCGCGAGCCUUCGUGAGAUUUGAUCGGAUGCAGCGGAACAAGACGCCUCCGCCCGCGCCGCAGCCACCGUCUCCGGGAGCCGGAGUCUCGGCGGCCCAAGUCCGGAGGCAGCCACUGAUCCUAAAGCAGCCGACGCGGCCCGGGCCGCGAUGCGCGGAGCUGGCCGGGGUCACAGCGGCGGACUGCGCCGCAGUGUGCUGCUGCGGCCCCUGCAUGGUGGUGAACCUCGUGGUGCUGACCGCGGUGAAGCUGCCGGCGCGGGUCUGCCGCCGGGUGUUGCACGCCCGGGACAAGCGGAAGGAGAGGGCCAGGAAGCGGAAGGAGGCCCGGCUGCUGGGGCCCAAGUCCGAUGCCGGAGGCGACAGGCUUUCCACCGUGACGACGGAAGACUUGAACGGCGACGUGGAGGGGCUUCACGGGUUUGUCGUGUCAGCGGCGGGGCCGUCACCAGCAGAGGUGGCAGAGGUGGAGAAGGAGAUAUUGGCCCGAUUCCAGCGCACCGGCUUCUGGCGGAGCCCGUCCCGGAGCGAGUCCCAACGCCGACUGGAACGGUACCCUUAACGGUUUCCGUCUCUGCUCCGCUACGCGGUCGUGCUUCCGUUGGUAACUGCCUCCAGAACUCACUUCUGUUGCCUCUUCUUCUCUCGUUGAAGGAUGUGAGAUACUAUAAAACUACAUGCGCAUGAAAGGUAGGUGGAAAUUUAUAUUUAUGAUAUUAUUUUGGAUCCUUCACUUUUGCGUGAAGUUGAUAGUGAUUAUUAAGCUUUAGUAAUUUACCUAAUUGUAAAAAAACCAUGGCUAAUGAUAAUUAGGUGUUGGGUUUUGAAGCUUGGGGGGGGAGCACAUAGUCCCUCUCUCUUUCUUUUAUUUUUCCUUGUGUGAUGGAAAUUAGUGGUAAAGCUCUACCACAUAAAGAAAAAUUAAGGGAUUGUUGUUUUAUUUGGAAAUGCUUAUUGAGCAAAAGCUUUUCAAUUUAUGUAAUAGAUGAUAAUAUGAUCA